AUAGGGCGGCCGUGACGUCGCGGGGCCGCCGAGUCGUCGCUGCUGCCGCAGGUGCCGCGUGUCGCCUCCGCCUCCGCCCAGCUGUGGCCGCCUGUCAGAUCGAGGCCCGAGUGCCCAGGACGUGUGUGUGGAAGCUCGCGAGGGAGCCGGUGAGUCUGAGCUCCUGAAAUAGAAGAUGUUUUCCAAACUAGCCAGCCAGAGGACCCUUUCUCUGUUUUGCCGGGGGGUUCAUUCUUCAGCGAUUCCAACUGCAUCCGUCUCAACCAAAAAAAUCACCCGGGGCCCUCUGUCCUCUGAGCAGAUAUAUGAACGCGAAGCCAAGUAUGGCGCCCACAACUACCAUCCUUUACCUGUAGCCCUGGAAAGAGGAAAAGGUAUUUAUGUAUGGGAUGUGGAAGGCAGAAAAUACUUUGAUUUCCUGAGUGCCUACAGUGCUGUGAACCAAGGACAUUGCCAUCCCAAAAUUGUGGAUGCCCUGAAGACUCAAGUUGAUAAAUUAACCCUAACUUCCAGAGCUUUUUACAAUGAUGUACUUGGUGAAUAUGAAGAGUAUGUCACGAAGUUGUUCAACUACAACAAAGUUCUGCCCAUGAAUACAGGAGUGGAAGCUGGAGAAACUGCCUGCAAAUUAGCUCGAAGAUGGGCAUAUACCGUCAAAGGCAUUCCCAAGUACAAAGCCAAGAUUAUUUUUGCAGCUGGCAACUUCUGGGGUCGAACAAUGUCUGCUAUCUCUAGUUCUACUGACCCAACGAGUUAUGAUGGCUUUGGGCCCUUUAUGCCAGGCUUUGAGAUCAUCCCCUACAAUGACCUACCGGCCCUCGAGCGGGCCCUCCAGGAUCCCAAUGUGGCCGCUUUCAUGGUGGAGCCCAUCCAGGGGGAGGCUGGCGUCAUUGUGCCCGAUCCAGGCUACCUCACGGGAGUCAGAGAGCUCUGCACCAAGUUCCAGGUUCUCUUCAUUGCCGAUGAAAUACAGACCGGAUUAGCCAGAACUGGGAAGUGGCUGGCUGUGGAUCAUGAAAAUGUCAACCCUGAUAUCAUCCUCCUCGGGAAGGCCCUUUCUGGAGGCUUGUACCCUGUGUCGGCUGUGCUGUGUGAUGAUGAAAUCAUGAUGACCAUUAAGCCGGGGGAGCAUGGGUCGACUUAUGGCGGCAAUCCUCUGGCCUGCCGGGUGGCCAUCGCCUCCUUGGAGGUUUUGGAAGAGGAGAACCUGGCUGAGAACGCGGAGGCCAUGGGCAACAUCCUGAGGAGAGAGCUGAUGAAGCUGCCGUCCAACAUCGUGACUGCCGUGAGGGGGAAAGGCUUGCUCAACGCCAUCGUCAUCCGAGAGACCAAAGAUUGUGACGCUUGGAACGUCUGUCUGAGACUCCGGGACAAUGGCCUUCUGGCCAAACCCACCCACGGGCAUAUUAUCAGGCUGGCCCCGCCCCUGGUGAUCAAGGAGGAUGAGGUCCGAGAGGCCGUGGAAAUUAUCAACAAGACCAUUCUGUCUUUCUGAAGCUGCUUCCCAUGUCCCUUGCUGGCUCAAGGCAGGUGGUGCAUUUAGGAGCUCGAAAGCCUCUGCGCUCAGGCCGAGCACGAUCCACUCCCACGUUACGUGUCUGUCUACAAGAACUUUUUUUUUACAUAGUUCAUCUAGAGUAGAACAAAAAUUAAAUCAUCUGCAGUUUGCCGUGUUUAUCGUAACUUGAGAUUAACUAUAUCGUUAUCUUUCUAAGCUAAAUAACCUGACUUGUAUUUGUGUGUGAGAGUGUGAGUGUGCGAUGACAGGUACUGGAAGUAUCGGCCACCAAGCCCCAACGCCAUGUGUGUACACAUUUGCAUAAUUUUGCCUUUUGUAGAAAGGGGACCCCAGAACUUUUGUAUCUGAAACAUUUAACUCCAGGGGGAUGAAGUGGAAGAUUUGCUUCGUGUUUAAAGUGGAUCAGGAAAGUCCAGUCACGGCUCCUUCUUCUGAUGUCAGGACGGGAUGUAAGAAGGUGUCUCGAGUGCCAGGGCGAGUGGGCCUGGGGCUGACUUGGCUCUGAGAACGUGUGAACGCGUGUGUCCUUGCUUGACAUUCCCAUCUCUUUAUUUUUAUGUUUGUCUUUUUUAAAGCAUUGUGGAAAAUGGCCACUGUAUUCUGCCAUUUUAAAGCUUGUAGCCUUCUCUGAAGCUUCAAAAUUAUGUUUAAAUAAAUAAAUAAAGGCUUUAUUUAAUAUUGUC